CUUGAAAUGGCUCGUGGUGAUCCCAAUGCUGAGCGAGAUGAUGUGGAUGACGUGCGUGCAGCCCGGUCACAGAGGCGUAACGCGGCACCACCUACUGCCGCUUCGGCUGUUCCGGCGGAGCCUGAGGCUCCUUUCGAAGAGGAGGAUCUCUUUGGGGACAAUGACGCCCCUCCCGAAGAAGAGGAAGAUGGGGAGGAUCUGAUUGGAGACCGAAUGGAAGAGGACUAUCAGGCCAUUCCGGAACUGGACACUUAUGAGCGAGAGGGUCUGGCAGACGAGGAAGAUGACUUGAGUGAGUUUGACCCAGCGGCACGAGCAGCGGCUGAAAGGGAAAUGCGCAAACGAGACCGAAAGGAAAUGACGGAAAAGGGAAAGCGUAGAACUGGUCUUGACUUGGCCUUCGAUUCGGACGAGGAAGACGAAGAAGAGGAAGCGGAUGUUCCGUUGAGACGCAGAAGAAGAGCGGAAAUGGCGGCCGAGGGAGAAAUAGACGACGAGAUGUUCGAAAGUAUUGAAAAUUUGGAGGACACCAAAGGUCACUCCACAAAAGAGUGGGUCACGAUGCGAGCGAAUAGAUUGGAGAUCAAGAAUCGCUUUAAAAACUUCCUCCGAACCGCAAUGAAUGCCAAGGGAAAACUGGUCUUCAAAGAAGUCAUUCGCCAGAUGGUAAACAACAAUUUGCAAAGUCUACCGGUUUCCUACUCGUUGAUUGGCUCUCGUGAACAAGCCCUGGCACUGUUUUUACCUGAAGCACCGCGAGAGGUUUUGGAGAUUUUUAACGACGCUGCGAAAGAAAUCAUCUUGGUCAUGUACCCCGAGUAUAACAAAAUCCACGAGCAGAUAUUUGUGAGAAUUACUGGCUUACCCCUUAAUGAAGAUUUGAGAUCUUUGAGACAGUUGCAUUUGAACCAACUCGUGAGAACCCAAGGUGUCGUGACAUGUGCUUCAGGAGUUUUGCCGCAGCUUAACUUGGUCAAAUAUGAUUGUGUCAAAUGUCACUAUGUGAUUGGUCCACUGUACCAAAAUCAGGAAGAGGAUACAAAGCCGAAUAACUGUCCUGAAUGUCAGAGCCGAGGACCGUUUGAGAUCAAUGUGGAGGAAACGCUGUACAGAAACUAUCAGAAAAUAACAAUUCAAGAGAGUCCAGGUAAGGUCGCCGCAGGUCGUUUGCCAAGAUCAAAAGAUGUUAUUCUUUUGGCAGAUCUCUGUGAUACGUGCAAACCAGGAGAUGAAAUCGACUUGACUGGGAUCUACCACAAUAGUUACGAUAGCUCGCUUAAUAAUUCGCACGGGUUUCCUGUUUUCGGAACUGUAAUUGAAGCAAACUACAUUGACAAGCAGGAUGAAAAGUCCAACUUCGCACGAUUGACGGACGAGGAUAUCGCCGAAAUCAUUGCACUGUCGAAAGAUCCACAGGUCGGUGAAAGAGUUUUUGAAUCGAUUGCUCCGUCAAUUUACGGACACAUGGAUAUAAAACGUGCAAUUACUUUGGCAUUAUUCGGCGGUCAGCCCAAAAAUCCAGGUGAGAAGCAUCGCUUGAGGGGCGAUAUUAAUAUUUUGAUUUGCGGAGAUCCUGGUACUGCGAAAUCACAGUUCCUCAAAUAUGUUGAGAAAACUGCUCAUCGGGCAGUGUUUAGUACAGGACAAGGAGCCUCAGCUGUUGGUUUGACAGCCUAUGUGCAGCGAAGUCCAGUAACUAGGGAGUGGACUCUGGAAGCAGGAGCUUUGGUGUUGGCCGACAAAGGAAUCUGUCUGAUUGACGAGUUCGAUAAAAUGAACGACGCUGACCGAACUUCGAUUCACGAGGCGAUGGAACAGCAAAGUAUUUCGUUGGCAAAAGCUGGCAUUGUGACUUCCCUCCAGGCUAGAUGCUCAAUCAUUGCCGCUGCUAACCCUAUAGGAGGGCGAUAUGAUCCUACGUUGACCUUCGCGGACAAUGUUGACCUUUCGGAACCUAUUUUGUCUCGAUUCGACGUUCUUUGUAUUGUCAGAGAUCAGGUAGACCCUGUGAAUGACGAGCUUAUGGCCUCUUUUGUAGUCAGUUCACACGUUAAGCAUCACCCAAAUGCAGGCGAGGAAGAAACCCAAAUUGAACUACCUCGAUCUUCAACGGUUAGGCUGGUACCUCAGGACUUGUUGAAGAAAUACAUUCAAUACGCAAGAGAAAGAGUGCAUCCUAAACUGACAAUCGCUGACCAGGACAAACUCGCUAAGAUGUAUGCGGAUCUUAGAAGAGAAUCGACCGUUACGGGAAGUAUCCCUAUAACUGUUCGUCACAUUGAAAGCGUCAUUCGGCUCUCGGAAGCCCAUGCCAAAUUGCACUUGAGGGAUUAUGUAAGCAGCGACGACGUCAAUAUGGCCAUUCGAAUCAUGCUCGAGAGCUUCAUUGAGACUCAGAAGUACAGCAUCAUGAAGAGCAUGUGCAAAAGUUUCAACAGGUAUCUGAGUUACAAGAAGGACAACAAUGAGGUCCUGUUGUUCCUGCUGAAGGCACUGGUCAUGGAGCACGUCACUUACCAGCGAAACAGAUUAGGAGAGGAAGUGGAUAUUGAUACAGUGCAGAUACCAGAAAAAGAUCUGGCUGAUAGAGCCCAACGUCUAAAUAUCAGAGAUCUGAAUUCAUUCUACGGAAGUGAGAUAUUCAGAGCGAAUAGAUUCAAACGUGACCAGGAAAAGAAGUUGAUCAUUCAGGCCUUUUAAUGUUUCCUCGAAUCAGAGGAAUCAGUUGCGCUUUUAGAGCAACAUAACCUCAUCUGACUCUAUACUUUUAAAAGUUCACUUUUGUAUUUUUAAUGUCGAUUCGUCAUUUCUGAAUUGCGCAAUGAAUUGUUCUUUGUCUUGCUUGAGCUUUUGUUCAGUUGAACCUUGAAUACGCCUUGUAGUGAAGUUGUUUUAAGUGCCUUAAUGGAACCAAGUGCAAUAUUAGACUGAUAUUUUUUGUAUAAUGAAUAGAAAAAACCAAUUAUGCUGCUGAUUUUUUG